UGUUUGAACUUGGGGAUAAUUGAUAGUGCGCCUGUUCAACACUGACGAGCACCUCCACGUCAAGUCGAGCCUCAAGUCAACACGAAACCAUGGACGGCGGUAUUUUGGAACCCUCUUUGUACACAGUGAAGGCAAUGGCCAUCCUGGAUAACGAUGGCAAUCGUAUGCUUGCUAAGUAUUACGACGACCAGUUCCCAACAGCCAAAGAACAGAAACAGUUUGAGAAGAACUUGUUCAACAAAACACACAGAGCUAAUUCUGAAAUAAUAAUGUUUGAAGGACUCACAUGUGUGUAUAAGAGCAAUGUUGAUUUGUUCUUCUAUGUAGUCGGAAGCUCACAAGAAAAUGAGUUGAUUCUAGCAAGUGUUCUUAAUGCCCUGUAUGAUGCUGUCAACCAAAUUCUACGUAAAAAUGUGGAGAAGAGAGCAUUGUUUGAGAACUUGGAUGCUGUGUACUUAGCUGUUGAUGAGAUCUGUGAUGGCGGGAUAAUCCUUGAUGCCGACUCCACGUCAAUAGUACAGAAGGUAGCGAUUAGGACGGAUGAUAUACCACUAGGGGAACAAACAGUGGCGCAGCAACUCACUAAAAAGCUGGAGGUUCUUCAAAGUGCUAAAGAACAGAUAAAAUGGUCAUUACUGAAAUGAUGGACAAAAAUAUUUUUAUCAGUAUCUUGAUCAUGGAUUGUGGAUAGGUUUGUGUGCUGAGGAAAGUAAAUUUUGACAGUAAAUGCAGCAAUGCAUUGCCAUGGCGACCAGAACAUUUCACAACAACGUUGGUUUCCGAUGGCAACAAAAAAGAUCGAGAAGGCAUUACAUGAUGUGAUCAGCCAACCUUUUUUGGGGCGCUGGAUAACUGGAGAUAACAUGUUACCAUGCUUAUUACUCAAAUCUGAUUUGGUAUCUACUGUAGAUCUUCAAUUUUCUUGUGUGUAUUUCAUAACACGCUCUGGGAGGAAUAUUUUGAUAUACUGUACAUGUACAUAAUUAACUAGCAUAAGACAUAAAUUUGCAAGAUCUUUGUAUAUGUCAACACAAGCUUUCCUCUGAAAAAUUUUGUGUAAAAAUCAUCACAACAAUAACACUUGCUUCGUACAAGAUACGUAAGCUUACAGUACAUAAGUAACGCACAAAAGGUAAUUCCAUUGUGGUACAUGCAAAAUGUUUUAUUUAAAAAGUAAAUCAUAGGUGAGAAAAUGUGUUGUAUAUUUGUAACAUUUUAAAUCGGGAACCACUGCUACCAUUCUGCAAUUAUUUGUAACAUUUCCAUGUGAUGAAUGCUGUGUUGUUAUGUGAUAAAGAGAGAUAUGAUAAUUGUACUGAUGUUUGAUAUGUGAUGAUAAGAUAGUGAGUGAGAAUGGCUAGUUUGUGUUAACAAAUAAACCAUGAAUGUUUGUGGUUUAAAUUCCUGAUAAGAAAGUGUUUACAAAAAAUCUUUAUUAUAAAAUCUUAUUGUAUACCACGUAUUUAUACAAGUCUGUAGUGUAUAAAAUACAGCCAUUCUGAGGAUAUUUGUCUGGAGAGUGGAUAUAAUAUUAUACAAGCUGUAUACAGGCUAUAUAAAAUUGUAUAAAGUAUAUAUACAUGAUAUAUAAUGCUUUACACAGUACAUAUAUGCCUGUAAACUGCAACUGUUUUACCAAUAUGCAAGUCGCAUGAAAAUGGAAUGAGAGUUGUUUGCAGUAGAUGUAUUUAUUUACAUAAUAGUGAACAUGUCCUUGUCAAAACUGUUCAACCCCAGAAUAGAGUUUAGCAUCUGAUAUUGGGAAUGGAAAUAAUAUCUUUGAAUGGAUGGUAAGUUAUUAAGAAUUGUGCUAGGUAUUUUUCAAAAUAUGGUGAAUACAUACAGAAUAUAUUUCAAAGUUGCCAUUUAAGGUUUAUUUUCCCAAAAGAGUUCGUUAUUUAAACAAACACAAAGGUGUUUCUUUUCCUCAGACAUAUUUUUGAGGUAUACAAGUAAAUUUUAAAAUGUAAUUGAAUUUAAGUAUCCUAGUACUGUUCCUAGUCAGUACUUGGAUGGUAAGGACAAAGUGCUCAUUAAGCAUUCAUUGUAUGGACAUGUAUAUGAAUUUUCAUAUUUGUCAUAGACAACUUCAUUUGCAACAUGUGAAUAAGAAUGGAAGGAAAUAAAUUAUUCAUGAAACAAUAAA